UCUGCUGCACUGUACAAUUCAGAGAGAACAUUUCCUCCCCCUCCUCCUGUCUCUUUAAGAGCCCUGAUCGCCCCCUCUAACGUCUCCCCCAUUGUGUUUGCUUGUAGGAUCGAGGCAUCGGGGAACCGUGGACGGAAGGGGGCCGCGGCCAGCACCCCAUCCGGGCAGGGAAUGGAUGGGAUGUAAGCAGCGAGGAGCAGAGAGAAUGGCAGAGAGCAGGCAGACACACGGCGUCCGCUGUCUGUGAGCAGGAGCUGGGCUGUACCCCUCCCCGGAGUGAUCACUGCUGCCCCUCUGCCCGGAGAUUGAUCACCCUGGGCAGGAAGAGAAGAAACAAGAGGUUGCUGAUUUGGAGGGGGUUGUUUUUGCUUCAGUCCCACCAGCACAACAUGAGGGAUUGCUGACCCCCCCUCUUCUUCACCAGGAUGCUGCUGUAGCCUUUAAAGGAUCUUGGGCAGGGUCUGAGCCGUGCAAAUGGAAAUAUUAUGGUCAUUUAAUUGCACACAAAAGUUGCAAUACAAGUGGCUAUUGAGCACAUUUGGGUGCAAGGAAAUAAAGAGCAAAUUAUUCUGCAUUGUGCAAAGCAGAUCUGGAUUAAUAAUAAGCGUACAGUUCUUUUGGUGAUUAUAUAUAAAUACUUGUCUCCCUCCAUAAAUAAGUAACCUUUGCAUUUGAUUUGUCAUUUUGUGCAAAUAACAGGAUUGGUGGAUUCAAGGUCACUUGGUGGAUUUUCUUUCCCUGUGGAUUUAUAAUAAAUAUUUGUUCUUAUAAUUAAGACAUGAUGGAUGGUAAACUGAAGCAACGGAGAUCAAGGUCCCAGAGGGAUAGGGUAAGGAGGAGAGACCCUUCUACAAGGGAUCCCAGAAAUCAGAGCCCUUCCUCUGGCUCCGAGGCAGAGGGGGCCCUGGGAAAGGAGAAUUCCAAUCAAAAUGGUACAAAUGGGAAAACUCCAGCUGCUUCAGCCAGAAAUGCCAGACCGCCCAGGCGUAAGAGGCGAGAAUCUAGCUCUCAGGAGGAGGAUAUAAUUGAUGGGUUUGCUAUCGCCAGCUUCAACACCCUGGAAGCCUUAGAGAAGGAUCUCUCCUUAAAACCUCCAGAAAGAAAGGAGAAAUGGGAGAAGCACCCAUGUAAGAAACCCAGGGAAUCGGGGAACUAUAUCUCAGCAGAGCCGAGUGAGAAUGGACACCACCAAGAUGCUGGAAACUCUGAGAGGGAGACUGAGCGGGGAAAAGAGCAUUUUAAGAAGAAAUUUCCACUCAAGAAUUCCAAUCUGUUCAAAUCAUCUCAGAACAGAAUCGGCAGACACAGUGAAGAUGGAAGCAUCAGGGAAGCCAUGAGUUCUCAGCAUAGCAGCUCCCGUGACCGACUAAGCGAUAGUACAGCUCAAUCACUUUCUGGACGUGGUUACUCUUGCGACAGUGAAAGUGAUAUCGACGAGAAGUGUUCCAAUGUUGGUUCUGAGAAGCUUUUCUCUCCGGUGGCCCCAGCAGGUUCCCUGUUGCAUGAUAAGACGGAUGCACAGGCUGCUUGCCAACCAAAGGUGUCUGGGCUGGAGCGUAGCCAGGAAGUGAACACUGAGCUUUCCUUCAUACCUCCUGUGCACAGUCCCCAACCACCGGCUGUAGCAAUAGUCACCUCUGCCUCCUCCACGCCAGCUUCGAGCACUCGGGCUAGCCCGCUGGUGAAGAAAGAGCCAGCCCUAGUAGCUCCAGCACCUCCAAGACUUACUCCUCAACCACAGCCACGUCCCCAGUCGCAGCAAUUGUCCCAGCCUCAGUUGCUGCCCCUUGAGCUAAGAGCUCAGAAUCACAUCCCUACACAUAACAGCUAUCCAGUGCAUCCGCAACUGCCUCACAACGGGAUCACCAGCAUUAGCCCCAGCAGUAGUGCCAGCAGCACAGCAAGCAUCAGCCUUCCCAAACACCUGCGGUCCUCCCCACAAAUCCCUCCCCAUCAUCCAACAGGACCAGGCUUGCCUCUCUCCAUUUCCAACCUUGCUACCUCGCACUUUCCUCUCAGAACUCAAGCCCAGCACCCAGCCAUGUUUGCUUCCCCUCCAACGCUGCCACCACCGCCAUCUUUACCCACUAACGGCCUUGUGAUCCCCGGUCACCCUGCUGGAGCAGGAUAUUCUGAUCAUGAAAUUCUCAGGCAGGAGCUGAAUAAUCGAUUUUUGGUUCAGAAUUCGGACCGGUCGGGUGCCCCUCUUGGCUCUGUGCCACUACUAAGGGCGGAAAUUCACCAGCACCAACACACGCACCAACACACGCACCAGCACACAUUUACCCCCUUCACAUCCAGCCUGCCCCCGACGCAGCUUAUUCCACCAAAUGCACCCCCCAUGGUGCGUACCCCAGCCCGAAAUUUCGACAAGUAUGCUCCCAAGUUAGACAGCUCUUAUUUCCGUCAUCCCAGCUUCUUCCCAGCAUAUCCGUCUCCGAUGCCUGGGAUGCCCCCAAUGCUUCCACAUUCAGGUCCAUUUGGGUCUCUUCAGGGAGCAUUUCAGCCUAAGACCUCAAACCCCAUUGACGUCACAAGCAGACCUGGCACAGUACAUCACACCCUGCUGCCGAAGACACCUGGGGUCACUGAUCCAUACAGGACAUCAGUAAGAAAACCAGGCAAGUGGUGUGCAGUACAUGUUCAGAUAGCAUGGCAAAUCUACCACCACCAGCAGAAGAUGAAGCAGAUGCAGUUGGACCCGCACAAGCUGGAUAUUUGUGGGAAACUGGACCUGUUUAGCAGGCCACCUGCUCCAGGAGUCUUCCCAGGAUUCCCUUACCCUCAUGAUUUAGCUCGGCCUAUGUUCUCUAGCACAGGCCCAACACACCCAGCAGCCUCUCCUUUUGGACCUUCACCACAUCAUAGCAGCUUCCUGCCCACAAGCCACCUGGCUGGUAAGUAUCCAUUUAGCAGGUCAAGCAGCUUCAGCGGCCUGGGGAACUUAGGCAGCAAUGCCUUUGGAGGAUUAGCCAGUCAUGCUCUAAGUCAUAAUAACCUUUUUGCUCAUAAGGAUAGCCCUUCACUCCAAGGCUUCAGUAACCCCCAUGAACCUUGGAAUCGACUCCAUCGGACUCCACCUUCUUUCCCAACGCCACCACAGUGGCCCAAAGCUGGAGACUCAGAGCGUUGUUCAUCUGCGACCAACCAUGAUAGAGACCGGGAAGAUAAGAGAGAACUGUCCCUUACAAAGGACGAUCGAGACAAGGAGAGGGAUAGUUUGGACAAAAAUCGUCAUCAUUCUAAUAGAUCUUCUCCAGCAUCAGCACCAGUUAGUCAUCAAAUAAGCAACCUCAUCCGCAACAACAGCCAGACACCCAGUAGUGACUCCCUGAGACAGAGCAGCUUAGGAGAUAGGUCCAAAGAUAUGGAGAGAGAAAAUUCUGAACGGUUACGGGAACUCCAGUCUACAGAGCACAAAAUCAAGGAGAGUCGAUCACCAAUGAAAGAUCCCCCCAGCCAUGAUAAGAGGCUUCUAGAGGACAGCAGCAAGCCGGUAAUCCAGUCUGUAUCUCCAUAUGGUAAGCCAGUUCUGAAUGAAAGCCUGAAGUUGAGCAACCUUGUGGGAAAAGAAAAUGAAAGGAAACCUGAGCUGUCCACUGACCUCCCAAAGAUCAAGAGUGAUAUCAAAGUUAAGGAAGAACGCAAAGAGGACUCUGAUGUUUUGGUGGUAGGGUCAGAGCCACCUCACCCAGGUAGAACAUUAGAACAUCAAACACAUCCACAUCCUGGUUCAAUGCAUGGAUUGUCAUUACAUCACACUAUGGCAGCUUCCAUGCAUGUUCCUAUGGGUAGUGUCCAUCAAAUGAACAAUUUAAAUAUGCUGGACAGAAGUCGUGUCAUGACUCCUAUCAUGGGUAUGAGUCCUCUCGCUGGAAGGGAAAGGUUACCACAUGCUGGAUUUGCUUGGGACCCAGUGAGAGAUCCAUUGCGGGAUGCAUACCGCACUCUGGACCUGCAAAGGCGUAUGGAUUUCCACCUACGUGCUGAUGGCAUGCACAGAUACCCAGCUGCUGCUGCUAGCUUUUAUGACCAUGAACGUUCAUACCGGGACCGUGAGCCACAUGACUAUAGCCAUGAUCAGCUUUUAGAAGCAAGGAGGGAGCAAGAACGUCUAAGGCAAGAUGAGCGAGAGAGAGAACGGCUGCAUUUGAGAGAGGAGAUUGAAAGGGCACGUAUACACCACCCCUACACCUCGCCAUUAGAGAGCCACUUAGCACAUAUGCCAUCUUUUAUGCCACAUUUGAGUAGCGUGCCCUACCCCAGACUCAGUCCUUCUAGCGCCAUGCACAAUGGGAUUCUAAAUAGAACCCCUCCUACAGCAGCCCUAAGUGCUCCUCCACCUUUAGUGCCAGCCAGCAAUACAAGGCCUGCCUCUCCCAGAAGGACUAAUCCCCUCACAAGCUCAGAUGCCCGGGACUUUUCUCCCUCCAGAAACCCUAAGGAAGUUGAAGCUCGAUAGUCUUCCUAGGGCGGGGGGGGGGGGAUCUACAGGAAGCAAACAUGGAUUUUAAACUGUCCUGUAUAUAUAAAAACAAUCUUUUACAAAAGUGCACUGUUCAAAACCUUUUCCUCUUUCCUCCUCCUGUUUUGUAAAUGUAAAUUUUUAGGCUAAGCACACUUUUUCCUUUAGCCAGGGAUGGACAGUUCAGGGGUGAUAAAUGUUCCAACCUGGAAAUCAAGGAUUAAGGUCUCUUCAUGUAACUAUUUUUCUGUCAUUGGAGACCCUGUAGCCAGUGGGACAGGUUGAGUGAGGGGGGAAAAAUAACUUUUUAAAUGGAUUUUUGUAGUUUUUACAGUAUUUUGUUUUUUCGCUACGGUGUUCUUAGUCUCUUCCACAAAAAAAAUACUUUCUUCUUUAAUUUUAUAUUAGUUGCAUUUUCCUCUUUUGUGGGAGGAAAAGUUAAGUAAAUCUGUUCUUUCCAUGAACUACAAAAGGGUAAUAAUCCCUUCAUUACAGGAGGUAUCUAGAAAACACUGCAUUGCAUAUUUAAACUAUACAAAUAUAUUCCGCACUGCAGUUUACUAGAAACCUCCAGCACUGAAGGGCUAAUGGGAUUCUAUGGAUUUUUCUUUAUUCUAUGGCUAACAGAUCAACAUUCUUGCUACAAUUUUUGAACAGAAAUCACAGAUUAUUAUUAAAAUAAUAUUAAUGUACAAAAUAGUUGGAUUUUCCUUAUUUACAUAUUAAGUUAUUUUCUGCUGUUUCCCUUAAGGUUCUAAUAUUUACCAUGAUUCUGCAAGACACUGUUUUUUUGUUUGUUUUUUCAAAUUACAACCUCAUAUGAAAUGUGGAUCUACUAUAGACUGUAGGAAAACUUAAAACAAGAAGAAAAAUUGAUUUCAAGGAUCACACUGGUAUUUUGCUAAUACUUCAUCAUCUUACUAUGCAAUUUGUGUGAGGCGGGUCUUACAAGAGCAUACUCCAUUAUCUCCCCCAAGUCUGCCUCACCACCUUAUACCCUCAACUAUCUGUCUCCCAAACCUGCCUUAAAUAAAUAAAAAAAUGUGUAAAAAGACUGAAGCAACACCUUUCAUGGUCACCAGGAUUUUGUUAGGAGGCAUUAAAGCUUAAGGUUAUUGCCACCAUCAUCUGGCAAGCAAAUGUACCUUUGUUUAUCUUGUGCACUGUAUAAGAGUUAUCUUGAGCAAGUUUGUGUGUGUGUAUUAUAUACAUUGUAUAUAGACACACAGACCAAAAUACUUACCAGUCCUUUCAAUGUUAAAUAUAUCUAAAUAACCUAA